GGAGAAGGCGUUGGCUUUUAGGCAUGUGAAAGAUGUCAACUUUUACCAUGUCUUCAUGGAAGGCGCUGCGGAUACGAUGAAAAUGCGCACAGAACUUGCACCACACCACAGAGCAGGCGCGAUCGAGCAGGACAUCCACUGUGCAGCACUGACGAUGGAUUCGGCAUGGCUAUUCUUACAGCAUGCAUUGGGGAUAUUGAGACAGAGGAGUGAAGACGAAAAGAGGUGGGGAGUGAAGAAUUCUGCGGUCAGUACAACAGCAAAAGCAGCGUCUUCUGAAAACAACGAGAAUUCCGAAAAUAUUGUCUCCGCAAUAGAGGCAAAUACAGAAGCUCUCCAGUCUCUAUGGAAAGGAUUGGUUUUAGGCGAUGACAGAGACAAAAAGAACCAGGAACAAACGGAGACCCAUCAAUUUCACCAUGUUGUAGACCUCGCAAAGGUUCUCGAAGAUACAGCUCAAUACGGGAAAGUGCUUCUGGCACGACAACUGCAAGAGGAUGGUUUUGUUGAGACGAUAAUGAAUGGAAGAAGCAAGAAAGAGCUGCAAGGUGAAGGAGGUUCUAGUCCUGCUGGGAUAAACGUGGAGCAAGACGACCCAGAGGAAAUGGAAGCCCUCGAAUUACGCCUUCUUGAUAUCGGCCGCGCUCUCUGUCGUCACAGUUCGCAAACCUACCUCAGUGCAGUGCGAAGAAAGAUGCAAGAUUUGAUCAACCUACUUGCGUACACAGACGCAACUUGGCUAGCUCAAAAAUGCUUCCCAGCAAUGAUCGUAAACUCUGUGCAUGCAGCUCUGUAUAGUGGAACUGAGCUUUUGACGCACCUGGGCACUGGACGGCCUUGGGGAGAGUAUCAGAAAAGGCAAUUAUCGGAGUUCCAGCAAAUUUGGUUAAGCCUGCUCAUUUAAUACAUUCUACAAGAUUUUUAAGUUGAUGUUUGCGAUCUUACUUUGGUGACAACUGCGCAAGUCGCCCAUCAUUCUCUGAGGCGAGCAGGUGCCGGCGGGGCUCGUUGUGCAGGAUCCAUAACCUAACCUAACCAACUGCGAGAGCUGCAAGGUCUCUGCUCUCGCUUAAACACUUAGCCCAUACUUUGGUAUUCGCACAUCACCGAAGACCAAGAAUCAUGAACUUUUAUCGAGUCGAAACUUCUAAUCUCCGAUGGCAUCUUACGACCUUGGCAGACGAAGUUCAUUCUGCCAAUGCAAGAUCGGUGGGCCUAUCGGUCGACGCCACAGGUCCAAACCGACGUCGGCAGUUGGGCUCACGUCAUCAGUUCUGGUUACGCAAACUUAGUCUCAAUCGCGAACACGAUUCUUGGAGGCUUCGACGCGCGUCGCGAGCAUGCCAUCAAAGGUGUCCGAGCGAAAGCAGGGUGUGCGGGUGUCAACGAGCAAAGAGAAGCAGAGGGCUUGCCGAGAGUGUGUCAGCCAAUACGAAAAGAUACUUUUUCUCCUCAAGCAUAUGACGAUGAAUUGAAGGAAAUAGCGUUGCGAGCUAUCGGCGUAUUCGAAGAGCUGGAUUUGGAUGAGUGGUGGCCAGCUGGAGGGACUCUGAUUAUGUUCAAGUUUUGCUACAAUCCCGAAGAAAUUGAACAAAGCCUUAGUAGAACUUCAUAAGUUGUACCUCAGGUCGUAGAGGCUGUAAUUCGUGCACGACACUGUGAUGAAUCAACAAUGUGGAUCCUUGCUGUAGAUGUAGUCAGUCUCACAUCUAACCCCCUCGGCGCUCUCCGUUACGGCGCAAUCGUUGGAACUCUUACCGGCGAAGGCAGACAAGAUGUCAUCGACGACGACGUUGACUUCGUUAUUGGAGUUAACUCACCUGCUGAAUGGAUGCAGGUGGGCGAAGCCUUAGGCGCGCUUCUCAUGACCGAAAAGUACGGCUUCAAGGAGUGCUAUGUCGCAAAGAGUGCAGAUCAUGCAGAUUCGAGGUUUUUUGCCAAUAUUCGAGAUGAUAUGCUUACCUGUGGCUACUACGAACCCUACUACCUGCAACUCGACAUUAGAAGCUACGUGCGGAUAGGAACUCUGAACUUUGCGUAUCAACACAGGUUGAGCGGAUCUGGGUAUGAAGCGUGUGACGAGGAAGAGGAUGAACAGGGCUCCGCGUCUUCUGUUAGUGCGCAAGGGAUUAGAGCACCGGGAUGGCCGACUUCUCCUUUUGGUGGAAAAGAUGUUCGUACUACAAGUGGAAAAACCUUCAACUUGCGAUACCGCGAUAAAAACACCAGAGCCGCACAAACGAGUUCUGUGGUACGGCCACAGGCUCUGCGCGGGCAGCUUUCUUCAUCUCAUUCUCAAGAACAUGGGAAAUCGAAAUCGGCAAGACCACGACCCCGCACUACAAAAGCAGCACAUCAAGCUCUUAAUCCUCUUUGUUUUCUGCGCGAAUCACCUGACUUCCAAAUUUGGAACGGUCAAAUGCCCUUGCAAGGUUUGAUUCAGCCACUUUCCAAGUGUUUACUGUACAAUGUGACAGUGCCAUGUCCGAGAGACCCAAUCUACCUUCUGGAGUCAUGGAAUGCUGAGGAGUACAAGAACGGAGAACAGUGUUUCGCUCUACCACAUUUGGCAGGGAGAAAGGUUGAUCAUCAAGACGCGGAUCCAAGGAAUCGGAAAUUUAUGCUGGUGUGAGGUCGUUAAUGACAAAAUAAGUAUUUGAAUGCUAAUUCAGUUUAGAGUUUGAAGAUUCUGGAAUGAUGCUGGAGAACUAGCAACUACCGCUGUCCCUCAAUUUCUUUUUUGCUUGCAAUCUUUGUGGGAUCGUUUUUUGCCUCCCCAAAUGCAGCCGUCCCCACUUUCAUACCCCUGGCGCAACUGACAACAGCCGAUGUCGACUUACUCGUCCACUACGCCAAAUACUUACACGACAGGGGCUUUGAAAGCUUCUUCCCACUAUAUGGGCAUGGGGCUGCAAACACAACAAGAGGCGCCGCUGAUUAUACGGCAUUUACACACUGCGGAGGGCUUCCGAUAGAAAAGGUGAUCCGGAAUUUCCAACAGCUGUGUCCGCCGAGUAAGGUGGCUAAGGGAUAUUACGAGUACUUGGUAGUUUGAGAAAAAUGGAUGAAAGAAUGGACAAUGUUCUUGCAAUUUUUGUGAAGGUUCUUUCUUUGUGUAGUACUUGUUAUUGUUUAUUUUUUGUGUCAGUGUCACCGUCACGACUUGUUUCCAUAAAAAAGUUUUCCAGUAGCGUCAUCGCAUCAAAAUAGAACUUCAGACAUUACUUAACAUUUUUACGCCAGGAAAUCAAUGCUCGUUAAAGCGUAGCAGAAAAGUCGUUUCAAGUUCAAACAUAGAUAUGCCACCUCACUUCCAGCAUCUUUC